AAGUGCCUGUAAAUCAUCUGAAGGGGAAGCAGAAUAUGCUGAGCAAAUCUGCUUGUCUGAUGAGGUGGCAAGGUUUCAAAGUUCCAACCAGUGCAUAGAUGGUUGUUGUGUACCUUCAUUCAUUUCACUUUUUGUGAUUCAUUUCACUUUUGGUGACUCUAAGGUGAACCUGUCAUAGGGUUUCUUGUAGAUUGUUCAAAUGAGAUUUUCUGUGGGCUUCCUCUGAUGCUGAGAGCAUGUGACUUUCCCAAGGUCACUCAGGCCCCUUACACACAGCGAAAUAAAAUCCCACAUUUUCUGCUUUGAACUGGAAUAUAUGGCAGUGUGGAUUCAGGGGCCUUCUAGAUAAGCCCUAUAUCUCAGGAUCUGAUUCAAGGUUUUCUGUUUAUCCCAAAUUAUCUGGCAGUGCAGACUCAUAUAAUCCAGUUUAAAGCAGAAAACCUGGAAUCAGAUCGUGGGAUACAGGGUUUGUCUGGAAAGGCCCUCAGAUAACUCAGUUGAAAGCAGAUAUUGUGGGAUUUUCUGUCUUGAUAUUUUGGAUUAUAUGGCUAUGUAGAAUGGCCUUCAGUACUUUUCAUGGCUGAGCAAGGGUUCAAACCCUAGCUACAAAAGUCAUAAUCCAAUACUCAAACCACCAGAUUAUACUUGAUUGAAUACAGGCCAUCAACAUUACUAGAGGAAACAGCAUACUCAUAAGCAUUAUCCAACUCACAACUUUGCGUGUCUGUAUUUGGGCCAGCACCUUUAAUUGCCUGCACACUUUUGGACUAGUUAGGAUUUCUGAUUUUAAAAAGUGGAGGAUACUUUGCACUUCUUUUCCCCAAUGCCUGAAUCUCUUGAUCUAUGCUUUGGGCUGGAAUUCUGCUAGCAGUUGCAUUUUCUUCUGGGGUAACAUAGUGGAAAAACCAAAGCUGCCAUCUGAGCAUCCUGUUGCUCCAGUGCCAUAUGCUCUUCACAGUAUAUGAACCCCUGACCUUUUUCUCCUAGUGCCACCACCUUGGAUGCUGGUCAAAGCCCAUUGCCAUGGGCUCCUCUUGACUUGGGCACCUCCAGGUUAGCCUCCAGCAAGGAUUCAUCCAGUGGGAGGCACGUCAUUUUGGGCGUCUGGCCAUUACCCCCAGUAAAGGACACGUUGUUGCCUAGCAUCAGUUCAUUUGGAUCUCCAGUCCUGAACAGGUGCUUGAUUGGAAUAAUAUGACAGGGAGUUCAGCAUUUCUGAAAUGUAUCCAGCAAGUGUAUCACUCAGUUGUUUGUCUUGAUCAUUGUUUGCUCACACUGGAGCCUCAAACAAAUGCACACAAAGCAGAGAAUGAAUAUUUAACCACUUGGAGUGUUCUGCUUAGCUAUGGUAUAUUUGUGCUACUGUGAGCAGAACUUUGGAGUCCUGUUACCAUCACUCAGGACACACCUAGAAACACACUGUUGCUCAACACAACUGCCUGACUGUUGCAAGGGGUCCAGAUAGAUCAGGACAGUAUUUGAGCAGCUCUAUAAUGAAAACAUGCCUUUUGCACUCAAUAUUUACUACCCAUUGCCACGGCCAGUAUAUCGAAAUUAUUGGGCAGGUAUGCCAGGCUCAACAUUUCCUUUCCAGAGUAGCAGUGACCACUUUGGAAACAUGCUAGCCACUCCUAGUGUGAUUCCUGCCUUUAAGUUCCAACUGCGGCGGGACACCAUAGACUGGAGGCGAAUCAGUGCCAUCGAUGUGGAUCGGGUGGCCCGUGAGUUGGAUCUUGCUACCCUCCAAGAAAACAUCAACAGUGUCACCUUUUGCAAUCUUGAUGCAGAGAAGUGUCCAUACUGUCAACAGCCAGUAGACCCUGUUCUCUUAAAGGUCCUCAAGAUGGCCCAGCUGAUCAUUGAAUACCUGCUCCACUCUCAGGAGUACCUGAGCAUGAACUUGGCACUUCAGGAGGAGCAGCACCAGGCUGCCCUUGAAGACAUCAAGCGCCUCAAGCAUGGCUUGGAUAAGCAAGCAGAAGAGCUGAAGAGUGUCAGGGAAGAGAGCAGGAGGCGUAAGAAGAUGAUUGCCACCCAGCAGUUGCUCCUGCAAGCCGGAGCCAAUAACUACCAUAAGUGCCAGCUGUGUGACAAGACCUUCAUGAAUUAUUCCUUUCUUCAAGCCCACAUGCAACGCAGGCACCCUGAAGCUACUGCAGCUGAGAAGGAGAAGAAGAAACAAGUGCAGCAAAUGGAAAGUGAAAUUGAAGAACUGAAGGUCAAGCUGAAGGAAACCCAUAUCCAACUGGAGACUGAGAGUCAUUAUAGAACUCAGGAAGCAGAAAAUAUUCGUCAAAGAGAAGAGGAAGGAAGAAAAAAAUUUGAGAGAUGGAAGGAGGAGGAGAGAGCAAAAUUCGAAAAGGAAAUGGAAGACCUUAGGCAGCUCUUCCUUACUGAAUUCAAGGAUAUUUCCAGCAGGAAUACUGCCUUGGAAGGGAAACUUCAAGAACUGCAAGUCAAGAGUACAGUCAUCUCUAAUCUGGGAACACUGCAGGAUGAUGAGUCUGUUGACAAGCAGCAAUGGACAAAAACUCAGAGGGAGCUACAAGGGAUGAAAGCAAAGAUUGAUCAGCAGAAAAUGGAGUGGAAGUGGAAGCUGAGGGAACUUCAGAAAGAGCACCAAAUAGAGAAGGAACAGCUAAAGACUGAGAAUGAGAGGCUACUAUCUACCUUGUCUUCUGACCAAAGGAAAAUAGCAGAGCAAAGUAAGCAGCAAAUGGCAACACUCAGUGCCCAACUCAGGGAACAGGCAAAGAUCAUCAAAACUCAGGAGAAAACAAUUAAACUUCUGUCUUCCAGCAAAUCCAGAGAAAUCCAAGAGGUGCCUAAGGCAGAAAAACCAGAAGAGUCAACUGAAGAAGAACUGGAAGAUACAUUAGACAGAAAGAAGAGAGUUCUAGAAGUCCUGAGGAGUGAUCCAAAUUUUCUGAAGCAGUUCCGGCCAAUUUUGGAGGACACUCUUGAAGAAAAACUGGAGAACAUGGGAGUGAAGCGAGGUACAAAAGGCAUCCCAGCUCAAACCUAUAAGCAUUUGAGAGAUGUGGUAAAAAUACAGCAACAGCAGAAGGCCAAAAAAUUUCCACAUCUCCUUGCUUUGAGAGACAAGCUUGAGAAAGAAGUAAAAAAGAGAAUCAGUUGGGAACAGAAGGAUGAAAGGGACACAUCCCUACCCUUUCCCAUAGUCUCAGGUAAAAAGCAGACACGCCCACAUUCUCCAAUCCUGGUUACAUCUUCCAAGCCCAGAAUGCAACAGAUCGAAUUACACUCUUACACCUCACAGUUGCCCAGGCCAGCUCCUCGGAGCAAGGUUAGCUCCAUGGCUAAUACUCUACAGGCUUCCAAGUUACCGUCUCCAAAACAAGUCCACAGUAGCUCAUCUUCUCCUCAACACUCUGCAGUUCAUCAGCCCAGCACUUCUCCUUUCAGCUCUGAAGACGAGGAAUCUGAGGAAGAAAGAAGCUUUAUCUCUCCAAAGUUCACACCACGCAAGACAGAAAAAGAACUUCCCAGGAUAGCUCAGAAAGAGGACAGUGAUUGGGAUUCCUCUGAUAGGGAUUCUCCAGAGGUGAAAGACAAUACAGGAAUGGUUUUUCAAACUGCAGCACCAACUCAUUCAGAAACACUGGUGCAGUCAAUGGCUAAAAGUCUGGAAAAGAAGUUGAGCACUCCUGGAAUAAAGCCUGCCGGUGGAGUAAAGCUCUUUUCUGUACCAACCAAAGAAGCGUCUACAUCCAGCCAUGCCACUAAAAAUCUUCAGUUUGUUGCUGAGGAGGAAAGUGAUUUAGAGAUUUCAUCUAUAGAGGAAGCCACCCAGCACCUGAACACCAGAAUCAAGAAACUGCAAGGUGUUGGAGUUAGUGGGGACUCAUCUGGGUCUCGGGGCACCUGGAGCUCCAGCAACCCCAGGACUGGUGCCUGGUGAUUCCUGCACUUAUCUGGGUACUUUCACAUCACAAUGGCCUUAUGAGAUGGAAUAUCGCCCUAUGAGAAGCCAAGAGAUAUAUGAAGCUCAUAAAUGAAAGAAAAGGAUGCAGAUUUUAGAGAAGGUUCAGGUUUGUAGGAUCUACGUGCAUGUUGAAUUCUUCUCUUGAGUUGCUCAUCCUUUGCAGUCAUGCAUGUGAUGAGCCUCAUAAAAACAAGAUGAGUUUACUAUUUUGCUGAAAAGCCUGGCAUAAAAUGUUGAAAAUUUAUAAAAGAAGAUAUGGAUUUAUAGGGCAGUCAUUUCAGCCCAAGCUUUGUAGCUUUGCUUGUAGCCUGUGAAAACACUCCCACAAAUGAUGGUUUGGGGGAGGAAUGUUGAAGAUCAGCUGUGAUCUCCAGAACCAUUUAGAGAAUCAUUGGUGCUGGGCCAGACUUGACAAGAAAUUGGGAAUAUGUGGUUAUUGGAGCCCCCUUCCAAAUGUUUUCCCAAAUACUCAAAAAGCAGUUUUGAAGGAGAGGUGGUUUAGAUUGGGAUAUGUCAUCAGAGGUAAAUUCAUCCCCUCUUGGGAUCAUGACCCUGCUCAAAUUUUAACAGAAAUAGAGAUCCAUUCAUGAAUAUUCAAUAUCUUCUUAAGUUAGUGUCCAUGGGCAUUUCCUUUACCUUGGGGUGGAAGGAGCAAGAGCUAGAACUGCCCAUGGAACUCUGACAAGGACCUAUUAUCCCAGAAGAGAUGUAUACAUACACACAUACACUGUCUUUCAGCUCCUCCUUUUUCCUGGUCAUCUGAAAAUUUCUAUCUUCUGUCUUCUUCCCUGAUUUUUCUAACCUGCUGAUAAUAUCAUUGAUAGUGACUCUGAAGCUCUUCCGAGAUUUGGUGCUGCCUUAGUCCAAAUGCUUUCCAUUUGGUGAAAGAAGAGAAUCUUAGAUUGUUCCUGGGAAGUCUAGGCAAAGUAUCCUUGGACAUGUACAACUGAAUCUGCUCUACUGUGAUAAUGGUUCUUCUCUGUCACGGUAAAGCCACAAUUCUUCAUGGGUGAAGCUUCUCUUUUUCUUUUGAGGUUUCUUUUACAUCAUAAUCAAGCUGAACCCAGUCAUUUUGACUCAUACUUUUUAAUGCAUUAGUGGAGUUCACACACGGACACAUAUUUAAAUUAAAUUAAAUUGCAGAAUAGAGGUGACCACUUGGUGGCACCAUAGCUCAAGAAACAACUUAAUUCUUGAGUGGUUACAACUCCGGUUGCUCCUGACACGAAAAAAAAAAAAAAGUGGUUACAAAUUGAACUUUAUAGGAAGGUAGGAUUUUUUCAAGUCAGAGUAUACAGGGGUUGAAUAGAAUUUAAUGACCAGUCACUGAAUUGCACAAAGCAUUAAAUAAUUGUUUGGUUAUAAGAUAUUUAAAAAGCACAGAAAUAUUUUUAAAUGUUUUCUUUGUAUCACUGAAGGGAACUGUACAAAUAUUUGCUCAGUCCAAUUUUCCAGGAUUUUCUCAAUCUUAUAUAUCGGCUACACUGAAAACUGUAGGCAGGCUUGGUCUCCUCAGGCACAAUAGAAUUGGGAUGUGUAUGUAUGUAUGUAUGUAUGUAUGUAUGUAUAUAUAUAUAUAUAUAUAUAUAUAUAUAUAUAUAUAUAUAUAUAUAUGCAAAACCACCAUGAGGUUUAGUCCAAACUUUAAAAGGGAUGUUGAUUGUGCUGAGUAUAUUUUGAGAAUAGCGUUCAGCAUGAUGGAUAGUAAAGGUAAAGGUUUUCCCCUGAUAUUAAGCCUAGUUGUAUCCAACUCUGGUGGUUAGUGCUCAUUUCUAAGCCAAAGAGCCAGCGUUGUCCGUAGACACCUCCAAGGUUAUGUGGCUGGCAUGGCUGCAUAGAGCACUGCUACCUUCGUAGAUAGUUCCUUUAAAUAUUUGACUAAAACCCAACAAAAUCCGCAAAGGUGUGAUAUCUUUAGUGGCCAGGCAAAACAUAGAAAAUAUAACAUGACAUCUUUCUCCUGGACUCCAUGUUUGCAUACAAAACUGCUGAAGGUAGUGAGCCCUAUUGUAAAGAAGGACUUCCAGCCCAAGAAUACCAUAUAGUGCAAGCAUGGGCAAACUUCAGCCCUCUAGGUAAGCUGUUGGGAAUUGUAAGAGUUGAAGUCCUGAACACCUGGAGGGCCGAAACUUGCCUAUGCCUGAUAUAGAGUCAUGUUGGAGGACCCAGAGAAUGCCUACAGAUCACUUAUUUGGUCAGAUAUUGAUAAAGGAAACUGAAGAUAACCACUCCCCUGGAUAUGGAAGUCAUACGGUAUAUCAUGAAAGCUUUCAAAACUUCAUUUGCUUAUUUAUCAGGCAAAGAUGUUAACAACCAUCCAAGAGGUGAAAAAUGGUGGUGUUAAGCAUCACAGGCCUACGUUUUGUCUCAGAUGUUACUUAUGUUGUCAGUUAAAGGGAGUUCAAUGCAGACAGAGGCCUUUCCCCUUCUUGGCCACAUGUGAACCAGAGACAAAGGGCAAUAAAAGACAUGAGAUAAAGUUCAGUGCAGGUUACCAACCUAACCACACUAGGACCAUUAUGAACCUAGCUGUUAGGUUCAUAAAGUGGUAGGAGUCCUGUCCGACUUUUAUGAAUAGUGGUUCUUAUUCCUUCUAUUUAAAAAUCUCUUACCAUCUGCUAUCAGUCUUAAUAACUGACCCAGAGUAGAAUCCUUGUUUUAAGCUUGCUUUUUGGCAGACUUAGAGGAUGUGUGGUGAAUUUCACCAUACAUUUCCUUGGUUCCUCUAGUAAUUAUUAUUGGCACAAAUCAACAACAAAAAACUGAUUUGAAUAUCAUUUAGAGCACUGGAAAUGAUUAAUAUUUCAUCUUGUCUAAAACUCUACAAAUCUUGUUUACUUAACUUGUGAAAUGAAACUGAAUGUCUCAGUGUGCACAUUCUUACAAUUUGCUUCUGUUCUUUCAUGUGUAAAAAAAAUGGGAAUACAAUUCUACUCCAGAAGGAUGUUGGAAUUUUCCAUCCAUGAAGCUAUCACUCUGUGCUGAAGUCAAUUUUUAUAUUUUAUUCAGACCACAGAGCAUCAGCUGUCAUUGGUGGGAUUUUCUGAUUAUAGAAAAAUAAGAGUUUUUUUUAUAAAAGAAAAAAGAAAAAGAAAGAAGGGGAGGCGAAGGGAGUGAAGACAGACAGACAACUGUUUUCUACUAUAGCAGUCAUUCUCAACCUGUGUGUCCCCAGGUGUUUUGGCCUACAAUUCCCAGAAAUUCCAGCCAGUUUACCAGGUGUUUGGAUUUCUGGGAGUUGAAAGCCAAAACAUCUGGGGACCAACAGGUUGAGAACCACUGUAACAUAGUAUUUGCUUUCUGAUGUGAAAUUUGGUUAAGGGAUUAUUUGAUCUUGAGAUAAUUUUUAGUGAAGGUGAAAAAGCUUAAAAACUAUACAUAAGAUACAGGUUAAGAACACACACAGUGCAGAAUAUGUGAAUUCAGCACUUUUCACAGUGAAAUAGUAUUUGGAUGAAAGCCUGUUCUUGCUGUUGUUAAUACAGAUUGUAUAUACAAUGUUGCAUAAAACCAUUCUAAUUUAUCUUUGUAAAUCUAUGCAGCGAUAGAGAAUUUAUAUUUGUAUGAAAGAUUAAAACUAUAUUUGUAGUGUAAACUGUUUGCCUAACAUAGUAUUUGUCAUACCAUAAAUAAAAUGAGGGACUAGACCAUAAA